AGCGCCCCGCCUGGACAGAGAUUAUUACUGCAACCAGUCCAGAAAACCGGAACUAACCAGCGCAUGCCCAUUCUCCUCAUAUUAGACAUUCUCUGGUACUAAGCUACUAAGUACGGAUAGUAUGGAUAUUGGAACAGGCUAACUUGGGAAUCAUGCCCUACGGCAAGAAUUCCGAACUACCCCUUUAAUACAGUUUUACAAUUGAAAGCGGACGUGACAUCAUCUUUGAGCUGCCGCCGCCGCUGCCGAAUCAAAACAUUGGCCGGUAUGUCAAAAUGAUAUUUCACAACUCGGGAUACCGUGAAACAUGGAGGUGUAGAUGUUGCCCUUUCUAAUAAACGAGCCUUCCUUGGAGAUGAAUUGAACGGUAUAUUAUUAUAAAUAUAUAUAGAUCGAUAUCAGCUGGAUCCAGUCCUCUGUGGGGCGUCAGGAUGAGUGAUGUGGUGGAGAGGACACUGACGGCGCUGCCCAGCCUGCUGUCCUCAGACCCCUCGCCGGGGAGACCGUCUUCCACCUCCAAACUAGGAACCCUGAUCAGGGGGAUCACUGAGUUAACAUCCAAACACGAUGAAGAGAAACUUAUUCAACGUGAACUUGUUUCCAUCAAAGAGCAGGUGUCUUCUCCCAACACGACCAUGAGGCAGAUGAAGGAGCUGAUGGUGCGGGCGGUCUACUGUGAGAUGCUGGGUUACGAGGCCUCCUUCAGCUACAUCCAUGCCAUCAAACUGGCCCAGCAGGGCACGGCUCUGGACAAGAGAGUCGGUUACCUGGCUGUAUCCUUGUUUCUGAAUGAGAGCCAUGAGCUCCUGCUCCUUCUGGUCAACACUGUAUUAAAAGAUCUUCAGAGCACAAAUCUGAUAGAAGUGUGCAUGGCGCUCACCGUUGUUGGUCAAGUGUUUCCCAAAGAUAUGAUCCCUGCAAUCCUUCCCAUGGUAGAGGAAAAACUCAAUCACCCAAAAGAGAUUAUCCGGAGGAAAGCCGUCCUGGCCCUCUACAAGUUCUACCUGAUAGCGCCCAACCAGGUCCAACACAUUCACAGCAAGUUCCGUAAGGCUCUGUGUGACAAGGACCCUGGCGUGAUGUCUGCCUCACUACACAUUUACCUGGAGAUGGUCACGGAGAAGCCGGAGAGUUACAAGGAUCUAGUGGUGAGUUUUGUGACCAUCUUGAAGCAGGUGGUGGGAGGGAAACUUCCCAUUGACUUCAACUACCACAGUGUACCCGCUCCGUGGCUUCAGAUCCAGCUCCUCAGAAUCCUAUCCUUACUGGGGAAGAACGAUCGGAGUGCUAGUGAGAUGAUGUAUGAGGUCCUGGAUGAGUCUCUCCGACGAGCAGAGAUGAACCACAACAUCACCUAUGCAAUAUUGUUUGAGUGUGUGAAGACUAUUUACACAAUCCACCCAAAAGCUGAGCUGCUGGAAAAAGCUGCAAAGUGCAUUGGCAACUUUGUUCUGUCACCAAAAAUAAACUUGAAAUACUUGGGACUCAAAGCCCUCACCUAUGUGGUGCAGCAGGACGCUAACCUGGCUCUACAGCACCAGAUGACAAUCAUCGAGUGCCUGGAUCACUCAGACCUGAUCAUAAAGCGAGAGACCCUGGAGCUGCUGUUUCGGAUCACUAAUGGUCAGAAUGUUAAGGUGAUCGUGGAGAAGUUGCUGGAAUUCCUCCGUCACAGUAAGGACGACUACGUCACCAUAGACCUCGGGGGAAAGGUGACGGAGCUGGCAGAGAAAUAUUCCCCGGACAACUCCUGGUUCAUCAGGACCAUGAACACAGUCUUCCUGCUGGUCGGAGACCAGAUGCAGCCGGACAUCCCCAACAGCUUCCUGAGACUGCUGUCUGAGGGGUUUGAGAGCGCUGAGGAGGACCAGCAGCUGCGGCUGCUGGCGGUGGACUCCUACGUGUCUCUGCUCCAGGAGCAGACCGCCCGGCUGCCUCAGCGCUUCCUCCAGGUCAUCAGCUGGGUGCUGGGGGAAUACUCUAGUGUAAAGGAAGGCCUCGAGCCAGCCACGGUCCUGAGACUCCUGGCCCCGCUGCUGGACCUGAGACACUGCAGCAGUGAAACCAAGAGCUGGGUGCUGGCGGCCAUGACCAAGCUGAGCGCCGGCCCCGCCUGCCUGCCGCUGGCCCAGGAGCUGGCCGAGCGCCACGGCGGCUCCCUGGACACCACGCUGAGACAGAGGCUCCACGAGCUGCAGCACCUGGCCUCAGACGGCGAGCUGCUGCGCAGGGUGCUGCCGUGCGGCGACGGCCUGGAGCCCCUGGAGGUGGAUUCGUCGUUGUCCUUUCUGGACGGGUUUGUUUCUGAGGCCCUGGCUGCGGGGGCUGCGCCGUACAAACCCCCCCAUCAGAGGCAGGAGGAGCUGGCGCAGGAGAAAGCUCUGAGCGUGGAGCCCUACGGCCUGUCUCUGCCUCUCAGCCUGUCCUCCUCCAGUAUAGCAGGGAGACUCUCUCCCACCGUGCUCUCCAUGAGCUCCGGCCUGUCGGGGAACAGCACCGAGCUCUCACCUAAAGGAGGCGCUCUGAGGCUGGAGGGCGUGACACGGGUGUGGGGCAAGGAGGGAUACCUCGCCAAGGCAGCGUUGAAGCCGGAGGAGGCGGCCAAGACGGAGGUCCCCUGCCCCCUCUCGGUCCUCCAGGAAGGAGGCUCUGCCCCACGGACGCCCGUGGUCUCCCUGCCCGCCCCCGCCCCCGGGCCCAGCCUGCAGGCGGAGCGGGAGAAGCAGCAGCUGGCCUCCUGUCUCUUCGUGGGUCUGGGCUCCCAGGGCGCCGCCGGGCCGUGUCUGAUGGGAAAAGCGGAGCCGACACGCCAUGGCUUCAGGAAGAAGGUCAAAGGACAAGGGUCGUCCUCGGGCGCCAGAGAGCCAUCGGGUGACCCCGCCUCUUCCUCCCACUCCCCCUCCCCUCUCUCCGCUCAGAGCGCCAUGGAUAACUUGCUGUGCGGCAGCCCACUGGACUCCGGCUCCACCCCCUCUCCGGCUGACUCCGCCCCCUCUCCGGCUGACUCCGCCACAUCUCCGGCUGACCCCGCCCCCCACCUCCCUCAUGACCUUCCCGCCAACAACAGACCAUGUGAUGCACAAGAGGACCUGACGGAGGACACCGACACAAGUGAAACGGUCGUCGAGGGGAACAGUGUGGCGGUGGUCGACCCCUAUGACCCCGAGCCCCAGUGUUUGAGCCCCCAUCUGCCCGAGGAGCUGUGCGGGCUGCCCCGCUCAGAGAUCAGACCCCUCUGCCGCGACGCCAGCCUGGUCCUCUCCGCCUGCUGCGUCCGCACCGACCACUCCUCGCUGCUCGUCGUUUUCGUCUCCAACGCGUCCGACUCGGCCGCUCGGCGGUUUGCACUGCAGAUGACCUCCGGUGACCUGGAGGUGUCACGUGUGUGUGGUGGCCCUGAGGAGGAGGAGGAGCAUGUGGAGGGCCACAGCGUGGCGGUGUACCAGUACUCCCUGGUCCCCACCAGGCCUUCGGUCCACAUGGAGCUGGCCGGCCGGGCGUCCUACCAGCGGCCUGACGGGGAGCCUCAGAGCACGCCCUUCUCCUACGGCCUCUCCCUCCCCGACUUCAUCAGGCCACUGAGCGUGUCCACGGAGGAGUACGGACGGCUGUGGCUGGCCUCCUCAAACGACACCAAGCAGAACCUGGCGCUGCUCAGCCAGGAGCCCGACCCCCUGAGGGCCACGCUGCACCGCCUGAGGGACCGACUGCAGCUCAACGUCGUGGACAUCAUAGCGUCGGAGGGCAUCGUGGCCUGCCAGCUGCUGCAGGGCCCACCCUGCCUGAUGCACUGCCGCCUCAACGCCGGCUCCCUGGCUGUGUGGCUGCGCUCCUCUCUCCCUGAGCUCCCAGACUGCCUGCUGUACCACUGUCAGAGGGCCCUGGCCCAGCACUGACAGAGGGCCCUGACAGAGGGCCCUGACAGAGGGCCCCUGGCUGAGCACUGACUGAGGGCCCCUGGCUGAGCUCUGACAGGCCCCUGGCCCGGCACUGACAGAGGGCCCUGGCUGAUCAAUGACCGAGAGCGCCUGGCUGAGCACGGAAAGUCUCUCAUCACUACAUCUAACUUAUUGCCUGAAAAACCAACGAACAACAAACCAGGUUUACGUCAUUCUGUUUGCCUCUUCCUCAUGGAGACGCUCAGGGGAGGAGUUGACUGAGUGUACCUCCGCAGAUAUGAGUCACGCAUGGUGGUGGUAGUUUACUGAACACAGACAUGUCUUAAUUAAUAGAGCUGGCCUGCCAGGACUUGAAGACUUAGACUGGCGGGAUGAAUAGUUUGUCUUUGUUUGGUUGAAGAACACUGCAAACUCUUGAAUAACACGUCUGACUGGCACUUUUAGUAAGAGUUCGUUCUGAGAGGUCUUUAAAGAUUCAUUUCAUUGGAUCAAGAGCUGCAGCAGUGAAAACAUAAUGUGUGAAACAGCUUGUCAUUUUGUCCAUGUCACGUUCCGUCCUACAAUCAAUAUUGCCUCAUCAAUAUUUUCUCAACACUGUUGGAUUUGCAUUACUACAUUGGGAAUAAGUUGAUACGAUUUUAGCAAAUCUCAAAGGCAUUUGAUGGAAAUUUCUCAAAGAAGAUUCCUCACAACGAUACCAAAGUUUAAGUAAUAAUCAAAUUAGUCCAUCGGUAGAGAAGGAAAAUUAAGUACACUGUUAGUGGUGUGGUUACUAGUUAUCAGUAGAGUAUGAUACAGACUUCGGCAAGCAGCCUUUUAUUUUGGUUUGCCUUAAUACUACUGAGUAUCCACUGCCUACAAGGCCUCAAUAUGGUGGUCUGUCAGGAGUAUCAAAAUCUGCUGUCCCAGAUUCAAGCACUUAUCCUGCUGAAAAAUGUCUUGAAACCGGGCGGGGGGAAUGGAUAUUGGAUGCAUGGAUUUUUGGUUAUUGACAUCUCCCGUUCUUUUGAUGUCCUUCAUUCUCUGUCCCACUUUAUCUAUGCAGUCACACAUUUCAUUCAUACUAAGUGCUGAAUCCUAGUGGUCUUUUAUUAUAUUUUUAUAUUAAUGCUCACCCUCCAACAUAUUUAUGGACUAUAUAUUCUUAAAGAAAGAAAGAAUCAUUUUUUAUAUUGAUUUCUAGGGUUCUCAUUCUAGUUGAUUCCAUGGCUGUAUGUCUGCAGUCUGCAGAGAUUUAUUUUGGCAUGAACUAUUAAGAUGACGAGAUAAUGUUUUUGUUUGAUUUGUCUUGGUGUGAAGCACAAUAUGACACAUACAAUCCGAAGUGUAAACGGGAUACUAAGGUGGCUUUUGAUUGUGCCUGUGGUACAGAAAUAUCAGUGUUCUUUUAGUGCCUGACAGCUAUUAUAACUUAUGAAUAAAUUGAGCUUUUUAAACUGA